AUGGCUGGGGCUGAUGUAAAAAUUCCUCCUGUGACAUCUAUGGUUCCUCAAGAUGAGAACAACAACAAAGCCAUUAGCAAUGCCCGAGCCCUUUUAGUUUCAGUCGCUGGCACCAAGGUUUCGACCAAUGACUCACUGCGGCGACGGCGUGGUAGGCCAGCCGGCUCUAAAAACAGGCCAAAGCCUCCCAUAAUCAUCACACAUGACAGUGCAAACGCGCUCAAAGCUCAUGCAAUGGAAGUUAGCUCUGGUUGUGAUGUUGGAGAAUGCAUUGCUAGCUUUGCACGUAGGAAGCAAUGUGGUGUUUGUAUACUAAGUGGGAGCGGGUAUGUUGUAAACGUGACCUUCCGGCAACCUGCAUCUUCUAGUUCCAGCGUCACUUUGCAUGGGCGAUUUGAGAUAUUAUCCCUGUUGGGUUCUUUUGUACCACAACCAGCCGUUCCGGGGUUGACAGGAUUCACAAUUUACGUGGCUGGUGUGCAAGGCCAGGUUGUCGGAGGUAUUGCCGUCGGUCCUCUCAUUGCUUCAGGUCCGGUGAUCAUCAUGGCUGCAACUUUCCUGAAUGCCACCUUUGAUCGCCUCCCAUUGGGUAAUGAUCACGAUGAGGACGACGAUGGUGAUAACAUGCGUACAAAUAAGCAGAGUAAUCUCCACAACAACCGUCAUGACCUAGCGAGCUUCUACAUGCCACCAGCCUUGCUCAAAAAGGGAGGCGGCAUUGCCAACUGA